AUGUCGACUAUACGUCUCACAAGUAAGGAUAUCGGAUAUAUUCCAGGACAACUUCCACCAGGACCCAAGAACUCUAUCCUCGAUGUCCCAGGAGUUCAUGUCGGUCAAAAUACAGUCGGAAAGGAUGGCGAGGACGCUCGUAAAGGCGCUACUGAGGUUCAAGAAGAUCAAUAUGGAGGUGGAGCUGGCAACAAAACCAACGAGCUAGUCGACGAACCUCAAGUGGAUGGACUAUCCAAAAUCGAAGCCAACGAUAUUAAAAUCAUCAAAAAUGAAAGUAUCGAAACGCUCUUCCGAGCUGCGAGUGAAGCUACCGAAGAAGAAAUUCUAAAUUUUAUGAUUGUAGGAAGAGAUGGGAGAACGGGAUUUAAGGGAUGUAGAUUGGAGGGAUUACCGGUGGAUAGAGUAAGAGAGUUGGUGAAGAAGUAUAGGGUGGAUAUUGAUGAUGGGAGUUGUCUAUCUUCAGGGGAAUAUCUUGCGCUGCAGAAUAAGGGUGUGCAACUGGGUAAAGGCCGAGGUAGCCCACGGCUACCAGGAGUAUCUUCCUCUGGGUUAAAUACCCUGCUCGAUAUCUAUAAGGGUAAAUACCCUAAGGGUCUAAAUACCUCGGGUAGUGGGAGGGUGCGCAUGCCUCUUUGUCACUUUAUCUUCCAAGAUGUUCAACACGAAGAGUCGAAAAACAAUCCGGUUCAUUGCCCAAAGAGAAUUCUAUCAUAUCACCACAAUGACUAUGCUGCAAUUAGUGAUAGGGGACAUGCAGAAUAUGAUUUUAUGACGCAACAAGCUUACACUAUGCAUUCCAUUGUCAAUCAUAACCAUCCGCAACACGAUGCUCAAAGUUUGAGAGAUAAGGUCUUCACCCUUUCAGGAUGGACAAGUUGCUGGGUCUAUUCCUAA